ACACUGACAUGAUUAUGAGCAAUUAUUUAUGCUGGAAACAGCAUCAAGAAUACUGUAUCUGUUUCGAAUCCCGUCGCAGAAUCCUCUAUUCAUGGUUUCAAAUCGAAAAAUACCAGUAAUAGUCGAGGUCAUAAUAACAAUGAAAAUCCAUUUGCACUUAGUUUAAUCUCUGAACGCACAAUGUUUUGUAAUGAGAACAGUUUAGGAAAUAGUCCUAUUACUGGUGGACUUAUACCGAAUUUCAUGGGUUCAUCAACUGAUCGUACACUGAAUAAUUGUCCAACUAUCUGUUCAAAUAUUACCUCCAGCCUGUGUAAUACAAGUUCAAUGUCUUCAAAUAAUCCAGUCGGCAAUGUAACCACAAAUUUAUCGAAUACUAAUAUAGUUCUUGGAAGUCUUUAUUCAACUGAUUCAUCGUUGCAAGUGUCUUCUAAUGAACCGCCUUUAAUUGGUAAUCUAGGAAUUUCAAAUAUAGAAGGUAUUCCAGCAAAUGUAUUGCUAAGUCUUUUACACCAGCAGACUCAAUCACUUCAACGUAAAAUCUAUAUUAAGUUAGAAAACAAUAUAUUUGUUGGUGCUGCAUUUAACUUAUCCCCUUCUGAUACUGAGGGUGUCGGUCUAAGAGAAGACAAUAAUGAUUGUACUACAAAGAGUUGUGAUGAUGAAUCACUUCGAAAAACCGUUCAUACUACUAUGAUCAGCUUUACUGUUGGUUUCCUCAUGGAUUCAUCCGCUCCUCCUUCUGUAUUAUCUUAUCUUACUGAAUUAUCCAGAUUGAUUGGCUCUCAGAUACGACGUGCAGAAUUAAUGUUCAAUUAUCUUAGAGAUCAAAGAGAUAUAAUCACUUCCACACUAGAGAAAUACUCUUAUGCCGAUGCCAAUACUUCAACGGACCACAUCACAAAUAGAUAUGGAUCAGACAACUUCAGCACCCCGAGAUUUAAUCAAUCCCUUCCGAACAAGCGUCAUAUGAAACUGUCUGAAGUGGUGAAUUCUGAACGAGAGAAUAAUCUCUCUAAUCCUGCUGUAGAUCAUAAUUUUAAUGAAAAUCAAUUAACUCCUCAAGCUGGUGUUAAUCAACCACCCAAUGAAAACGCUGUUACAAAUCAUAUUAAUGAUAAUGAUUCUAAUGACAAGUGGAAUGAGACAGUCACAAUGAAUCCGUUGGAACGAUUAGUUCAGAUAUCAUCUCUGUGCUCUGAACUGAAAUGUAUACUUGAUUCAAUUUGUAAAACAGGUCAUGUAAAUGUUAAGAUUAACAAAAUUUAUCCAGUCUGUUUUUGUCUACCACACAAAGCCUACUGUUUGAACAACAACAAUAUUGGUGGAAUUUCCAAGUGUAUGAUAGCUGUUCGACCGAUGGCUAUUUGGCGUGCAAUGGAUAAAAUACGACCAUAUCAUGCUCUAAUAUUACUACUACGUAAAAGUGAUUUACUCAAGGAUUAUCUACCCACUGACAUUAAUCCAACACUGAAUAACUUCAUCAACGCUUUGUCUCCAACAACUAGUUUAUAUAAUUUAGCUGAAAGGAUUCAUUCUCAAACGCAUUGUUUAAAUCUGGCUUUAUGGUUAAUUUAUCGUGGUCAUGCGUUAAUUGUCUAUCCAAUUGUAGCCAACAAUAUAUAUGUAUUAUCACCUCAUUCAAAAGCCUGGUUCACACCUCAGUUGAUUGGACAAUUUGCAACAUCGUUUCCAGAAGUUAAUUUCGCUGAGCUUUUGACAUCAUUUUCAACAAGUUUCAUACUAAGGGAUCAUUUCCAUUCAUCUACCACUGUCUCUGAUAACCUUCAUUUCGAUGGAGAUUUGGCGAAUAGUCCUAAUGCUGUUCGAAACAGAUCUUCGAAAACCUCGUGGACAAAUUUACCGUUAGCACAAAAAAUUAAUUUGAUUGCUUGGCUUCUUCGACGUCGUCUCAUAAUACAAAUCCAUCUUUAUAUAUUUCCAACAUUUUUAUCAAGUGAAGUUGUAAAUGGAAUGAUUUUUUCACUUCAGAAUGUUAACGACAACAGUAUGACUCAUUGCAGUAGUAGUAGCGAUUACGAUAGUGAGGAAAUCACUUUGGAGCAUAAAAAUAAUGGGAUUACUAAGGAUUUAUGCAUAGAUGACGCUGUUCUGGAUUUCGAUGAAUUGUGCAAAAAGAUUCCGAAGGAUAUUUUGCAUGAGUUAAGUGAAAACUUACCUGUCGAAUCACGACAAACGUUACUUCAGUCUAUAUUGAGUCAUCCUGGAGCAACACAAAAUAUUCAACUACUAAAAUUAUUUGCUAGGAUUUUGCCACAUUUACCAGCUCAUAUAGAAGAAAUUAUGUUUAAAGAGCAGAUAAAGCGAUCUACACUCAUUGAAUGUGUCGAAAGGUUUGCACCUUUCUUAGCCACAGCUAGGCUUCCGGACCCUGUGACUUCUUGUUUCGCUGGGAUACCCUGGCCCAACUAGUAUCUUUUCUAUCUGUUUUGAUGCACCAUGUGCAAAAAAUGAUCCAUAAACAUUAGGCGUUACUUUCAUUUAUUACUUAUUAUUUUAAUUAAAUUACUUUAUCAGUGCUUGAACGUAUUCAGUCAUGUAUCACACUGUGAAUAGUAAUGAUGAGUUUCUUGAUCUUAUUACACACUGAUAUGCAUUUUAUCCAAACUAUUUUUCUGACAUUCUCCACUUUUGAAGUGUAGUCUGGAAAUGUGGCAUCUUGAUAUUCCAACCUUUCUAAUGCUUAAAUUCUUAGAAAAAAAUAUUUUAAUAUUAGCUAGUUGAAUUUUGUUACUGCAUAAUUCACUCAAAUAUUAACUGGAAAUAUGUGCAGAUUUUGUCAGAAAAAGGAUUUGUCUACACGAAAAUGACUUUGCAAAGAUGAUAUCUUAUCUGAAUAAUAUUCCUUUCUUUGUUGAUUAUGUCUGUUAUAGUGGACAAGGUUGCAACCUUGUAUCCAUUGUUCAGAAUUCAUCGGCUUCCUUGUGACCUUCAUCUUAUCCUUGACCAACUGUUUAAUGAUUUGGAAGCAGUUGUAUUUUCUAGUACACCCUUUGCGUAUAAAUAACUGCCUAUUUGAUUAAAAAAAUUCGAACAUAUAAACUUAGUUUACAAGUUCACGUUUUUUCGGUUAUAUCAUAUUCAGAAGCUGUAAAAUAAUCCUAAGAUGCAAUCAGUGUUUACUCUUAUUUGCAAAGAAUUUUAGCAUGAUUU